AUGUCAACUGAAGAGCAAGAAAAGCCAACCACUACCGAGGAGGAGCUUCCCAUUGAAGGCAAGCCCAUGUCCUUCCGAGACUCCUUCAUGGGCGAGAAGGGAAAAUACGAUUACGGUGCCCUCUGCAUGCCCAAUAUUCCCUUCUGCGGCAAGCCAAACCAGCAGGUCAACUUUUACGGCAGAGAUGAGCCAAUUCCAAUUUUCUUGGCCUUGAUCAUGGGACUGCAGCACUGCUUCGCCAUGGUGGGUGGUUUGAUCACUCCACCAUUGGUCGUCUUUCGCUUUACCGUCUGCGGUUUCCCUUUCUGCGCUGACCUAGAACAAUAUGCCAUUUCUGCUGCCCUCAUUACCUCUGGGUUCUGCAGUAUCUUCAACGUGGCUCAGUUCGCCAUUCCUUUCUCUGAGAAGAUCACCGGCAAAGCCUACUACGUGGGAAGUGGUGUCCUCUCUGUUUUGGGUACAUCCUUUACCUUUUUGCCCAUUUACGAGAUUGCCAUUGCCCAAAUGAAGCAAGACGGUAUGUCCGGCGAGGCCGCUUACGGAGCCAUGCUUGGAACUUCCAUGGUUUGCUGCCUCUUGGAACUCUUCCUUUCUUUCAUGCCAAUCAGAAUCAUCAAGAAGAUCUUCCCUCCCAUUGUCACUUCCAUCACUGUUAUUUUGAUUGGUGUGGCUCUUACCGGAACAGGAAUGAAGUACUGGGGAGGAGGUGUCGUCUGUGCCGAAAUGGGAUGGCAGACACAUGCCUCUAUCGUCGCUCAAGAUCUUUCCUUUGGACCUCCCUUCCCUACCUGUACCGCUGGUGAGACCUCGUACAUGUACGGUGACCCCAGAUACAUUGGACUCGGAUUCUCUGUCUUGGCCUUUUUGGUCGUCAUUGAAAUGUGGGGAAGUGUGUUCAUGAAGAAUUGCAACGUUCUCUUGGCUCUUUUGUUCGGAUACAUGAUUGCUGGCCUUGCCCCUGAGAAGUAUGUCGCUCAAGACAAUAUCGAACUCGCCGAGCCCAUUACAUUCCUUUGGGUCUACACCUUCCCAAUUUCCGUCUACGCUCCUGCCAUCAUUCCGAUGCUCAUUGCCUACCUCGUCACUACUGUCGAAACGGUUGGAGAUAUUACAGCUGUGUACGAGGCAUCCCUAUUGGAUACCAACACCGAAGAAUACAACGACUCCAUUCAAGGAGGAUUGACCGCUGAUGGUGUCAUGUCCAUUGUUAGUGCCCUCUUCACAUCCAUGCCCAACACCACUUUCUCCCAGAACAAUGGUGUCAUUGCCCUUACCAAGUGUGCCUCCCGUCGUGCUGGUUACGCCUGCGCAUUCUGGCUCAUUUUCUUUGGUGUUCUGAGCAAGGUAGCUGGUGUCAUUACCAGUAUUCCCGAUUGCGUCCUUGGUGGAAUGACCAUUUUCUUGUUUGCCAAUGUCUUGGCAUCCGGAAUCAAGUUGGCCAGUGAAGUUGACUUGCAACACAGCCGUCGUAACCGUUUCAUCUUGGCCUUUUCUUUGGCUCUUGGUGUUGGUGUCACUGUGUGGCCAUAUGCCUUCAUGGAUCGUCGUGCUUCUCCUUACACUGCCGCCUUCUGGCCUUGUGCGGAUUGCAACAAUACCAUGAAGGGUCUCCGUAACGGAGUCUCCAUCUUUUUGUCCACAGGUUACUGUGUUGGAACCGUUGUUGCCAUGAUUCUGAACGGAAUUCUUCCAGCAGAUGCAGAGAUUAUCUACUUUGAUGAGAAGCACAAGAACACCGCUGAUGAGAAGAAGGCUUCUGACGAGCCAGAGGACGAAACUGCCGCCUAA